GCCCCACAGAUGACUUUGAGCCAAGAGGGCUUUGAAGAAGAGCUCGUUGAGCGGAUGCUCCACUCGCACGGAGUGCUCAUUGAAGGCAUCCUGAAAGCGCUUAUGCGUGAGUUGCAUGGCUUCACCUGGUCCGCGAUUCAGGGCAAGGGGGUUCGCGCAGAGGGAGUCCGCUGGCUGACGCGCUUAAUUUUUCAUUGCCUCAUGAGCCCCAUCGUCAAGCAGAUUGAGGAGCGGGUGGUCUGGGCUGACGACCUUGCUGCGCCAUUACUGGCCACUCACAACGCAGAGACUGCUUCUGCGGCGGUCUUUGCGAGUAAAGGCAAGACAGAGGUGGCG